AUAUUAUUGUAAUAGUUUUUCAAUUAAUUUAUUUUUGUAACUUUAAGAUUUCUGAUCGCUCUGAUAACUGGUUUAUUCAAUUACUUAUAGGCAAUGGAAUAUGUGAAAGAGAAUGUGCCUGCCCGACCUCCGGUGCCGGUAUGGGUGGUUGUAUGCGGUCUAUUGGCGACGAUGGUGGCUUUGGUCGGCGUGACCACUCUUGUCGACCACACGCUGCCGCCACCACUCACCCGUCGCGAUGCGCCACCAGACAGAUUCAUUGCAGAGAUUGCAUAUGAACACCUUGUUAACAUUACCAACAUCGGUCCCAGGGUGGCAGGCACAUAUGAGAAUGAGGUAGCGGCAGUGUCUGUGCUGGUAGCAGCAGCGAAGGAGAUAGCACGCGCUGCGUCACCGCACAAUGUCGUCGACAUAGAUCUGCAGCGUGCCAGUGGCGGCUUUAGCCUCAGUUUCUUUGAUGGUGGGUCAACUAUUCACUUAUCCCACAAUUGUUGGCAGUAUGAAACAGCUGGUUAUUUUUUUGUGAAUUCGGUGUUCAGUAUACUAUAUAAAAGUUGUUCAGUAUACUUAACUAAUCCACCCUAUGAAGCCCUGACAUAAAAUAAUAUUACACCUUAUAGACAGGCUUUAUAGAAAGGUGUUUAUUAAUUCAGAUUUCAAUUGAUUUUACAAUUUAUUUAAGCUUCAACAUCUAUUUAAUUUCAAAUAUAUUGUAGGAAGGUAGCUCCUUCACUAGUCCUUUUCACGAUCACAGUUGGCAACAUUGAUUAAGGACGUGUACGCGCCAUUUUUUUUUAUUAUAAACAAUGAUCGUAAGUAUGUGAAUGUUGAUCAGGCAUGAACAACAUAUACAGUGACGUGCAGAACGUGGUGGUCCGCGCGCGCAGCGUGGGCGGGCGUCCCACUGCCACCAAGCGCACGGCGAUCCUGCUCAACUGUCACUUCGAUACCGUGCCCGACACACCAGGUCAGUGACUACUGCCCGCCACCCCCACACAGUUUUGCUGCUCCUUCUUUUAAGAGUAUGUAUUAUGAGGAAUACACUUUUAUGCUUAUUAUAUUUAUAAUUCUGCUGAAAUUAAUUUUAACGAUGUCGCGAUAUCAUAGCGACGCCAUGACAGAAGUGGGGUUUACGCGGAAAAUUAAAUUUAUUUUCAGAUUUUUACUUAUGAUUUGAAUUUUAUAUUUUAAGACGUAUUUCAUGUAUAUCCAUAAAGUAAAAAUAUAAAGAAAGUUGUCUACAACCCUAUUCAUAUAAUGACAUAUAACAUACAAGUAAAAUAAACAAUUUAAUAUUUAAAAAAUGGUUGGCAUAAUCAAUCUAAUAAUAAAGAAACAAUUUGCACAGUGGAUUUUUUUUAAUGAGGAGUUAAUUACACCUUAUAUUUGAUACCUUUAUUGCUGUAAUUAAAAUUUUUUUUUUGUUAAGUGGUGUCAUACAUCCACCAUUUUGAAUAUUUUUUCUAAAUACUUAUACAGCCUGUGCAGGAUGACGUUACGUUUUUAAUGAUAAUAAAUGCAUAUUCUUGAAGUCUUUCAAAAGUUAUGUUGAAAUAAGGAAACUCACAUACAUACAUUUACAUUAACAUAAACAAAAUGCACUCUUUUUGGGCAUUACUGUGAUUAAAAUUAAUUUAUCUCUCUAAUUUGUCUUUAAAAUUAAAAUGGUAUUUGCAUUGAUUGUAAAACAUGUUCCAUAGUUCGCGAUUAUAUGGCACCUUCAACCUUCAUUAGAUAUUGAUUGACGCACGUGGUAUGUCAAAGUUGUACCUUGUACCCUAUGACAGGAGACAUAAUCAAACGUUAAUAUAUCAUUUCACUAAGACGAAUAUUCAAAUUUACAUUUACCAAGUAACGUUAGACAAAUUUAUACUUAAUAAUAAAGUUCUCAAUUGAUAAAUAAACAUUUGGCGAAAUUACAUUACUACAUCAAUUAUUAAUUUGAAAAACUAAAACCUAUUUUUAU